AUUUUUAAUUAUAGAUAUGGCCUAGCAUGUAUAGGAGAGUGAACUAUUAACAGCAAAACCUAGGAUUCAUAAUGGAUAGGAAAUGGUUAUUUAAGGUUUAGGUGUACAUGAACAAAGUGAUUCUAGCUUUUCAUCCCAACAUUUAUGUUCUGUAAAUAAAUCAGACUUAACUUGAUUAGAGCUAAUAGAGUAGUCACAGGAACAUCAAUCUUAGUUAGAGUUCAUUUAAGAAGAUCAGUAAGAGUAGUUCAGAUCUUUAGAACUUCUAAAAUAAACAUGCCCACAUUUGUGCCCAUUAUAAUUUUAUUGGUAGAUGUCCAUUGGAACAUUGCAAGUAUGUUUAUUAUAUUAACUUUUUAAGAAAAAGACAUAUUUUUAUAUCUGAGGAUGAUGGAUUAAGUGAACUAAUAUCAGAUAAUAUAGACUUAAUUGAUAAUCUCACAAAUAGUGGAAACAAACUUAAGUUGCCAUAAUCUAUCUAUGGAACAUAGUUAUCUAAAUAUAGAAAAUGUAAAUCUAAUACUAAGGAAUUUUGUGAAAAAUUAGAACACAAGUUCAUAACUUAAGAAUAAAUACAUUUUGGUGAUUUUCCUAUCUAAAAUUUUUGGAAUUGGAAUGCAUUUGCUCUCCAAUCUAUUUCUAGUAAGUCUUAACCUGAUUUGGGAAAUAACCAUCCUCAAGACAAUAAAUAUUUUAGUCAACUUAUUAAACCCAAACCUCUUGUUGAUUAUAAAUAGGCAUCAGAAAUUUUAGAGAAUUCUUCAUCACCUCUAAACAUUUCUAAUGAAAUUAAAAAAAACCUCAUGUCUAAACUUAAAUCUGAUAUUGAUAAAAUGCAAUAAAAAAUUAAGACUAUCUCAAUGCUUAAGAAAUGGAUAAAUAAUUAAUAAGUGGAUUAAAAUGAAUAUAAAAACUUAUAUUCAUCUCUUUCCUAAAUUUAAUAGAUACACUAUUCUAAUUUCCUUAAGAUCACUAAUAUUUCAAUAUCAAGUAUCUAUAUAUCUUUAUAUUAAAUUAGAUUAACCAAAAUUCAACAAUUAGUUUCAAAAUGUCGAAUACGUCUUAUAAUGA